AUGAUACACUGGAUGAGUUGGGAAAAUCUGGCGAAAGCAAAAAAGUUUUUGGGGUGCAUAGGCUUUAGGGGGAUUGCGGAAUUUAAUUUGAGCCUCUUGGGAAAGCAGUUCUGGAGGCUUCAAAGAGAUGAAGGGUCCCUGCUUGGGAGAGUGUCGAAGAGUAUAUACUUCCCAAAUUGCAAUAUUCUUGAGGCUAAAGUGGGUUACACUCCAAGUUACGCUUGGAGAAGCGUAUUUGUUGCUAAGGAGUUGGUAACUGAAGGGUCUAGAUGGCGUAUUGGCGAUGGGUUGCAGGUUUACGUGUGCAAGGAAAAUUGGAUCCUGAAUAGCAGUGGUUUCAAAUGCCUCAGUGACCCAAAAGAUUCUGAUAUGGAGAUGACAUUUUAUGACCUUAUAAUACAUGAGAUAUGCUGCUGGAAUAGAGAUCUUGUGGAGAAAUUAUUCAGCCCGGGGGAAGCGAUUCAAAUCAUGAGCAUUCCAUUAUCGAUGAUCAGAUUGGGUGAUGAGAGGAUUUGGCAUGGUGAAGCAGAUGGAUACUAUUCAGUUAAAUCUGCUUAUAAAUUAAUUUCUAAUAAGAAUGUUGCCAGUAAAAGUGGCCUGUCGAUUCAUGCUCACUCUAACUUUUGGAAGAAGCUUUAG